GGAGGGGGGGAUGAGGUCGAGAUGGAAGAAAGGAAGUCCAGAUAGGGAGGGGAGGAAGUCGGGAUGGGGAGAUGGUCGGAGGGUCGGGAUGGGAAGGGGGGAAUUGGGAUGGUGAAGGGAGGGGAGGAAGCCGGGACGGGGAGAUGGUCGGAGUGUCGGGAUGGGGAGGGGGGAAAUCGGGAUGGUGAGGGAAGGGGCGAGGCGACCGGUGGAGGAUCGGGAUGGGGAGGGGGGAAUCGGGUCGGGGGAGUUGGGAGUGAGAGUGAGGGGAAAGAGACAAACACAAUGAGCAGGCAAGAGAACGAUGGUACCACAAGGGACCUUGGGGCUGCAGAUGUGCAGUCAUCGACUCCCGAGAGCGAGUACAACCUUGUUAUCCCCUAGAUGAGCACAUUGACAAGUUGCAGGAGAACUAAUUGCUGCAGAGAACAAACAAAGAGAGAAAGAGAAAAGAAGGAGAGGAAGGCUAAUGAAAAUGCCUAUCUGAAAGAGACAACUGGUCUGACUACGUUAGAUGAGAAGGAGCUUAGGAUUUACCCAAACACCCAACUCCAAGCGCUGACGGUUCUCUUGACGCUAUGGUACAAGACCGUACAACCUCAUCAAAGAGUUACAGGCUGAGCUGCAGCAAAGAGACAUAGUCAUACGAUAAUAAAUAAUUGAUCUUGCGACGCUAUCUGGUGUCUCUAUGUCAUAGCAUAAUGCUCUAAAUCCUCCUGUUGUAGAAACCGUUGCUCCUCCACAUGUAACCCUAACUCUAAUGCGAUGUACCGAUAGUAGAGGUUGCAAAUGUUAUACCCAUUAAUCAAAUGUCAUAUGAUAAGAGGGUGGUACCCAUCACAGACAUAUUUAAUGGCAAGCAAGAUAUUGUUGCUUGGUUGGGAAAGGUACGACAAUAUUUCAAACACACAUGAGCAUUAGCAGAGGAUUCUUCCCUGUUGGAAACCCACAUCGAUAUAUAGUUGCAGUCUAAGGGAACUUUAUGAGGGGAUGUUUUCGUCUUAAAAAAGACCCAACUCGGACUUAGAGAGUUUGUCAGCCCAAUGGCAUGUUGAUAACAAGGCUGCAAAAACAUGUUCCUCUUAUGUAAAGUCUUUGAAUUACUAGAGAGAUGUUGAUUUUCAUGCCCAUAAACUUCGAUGAAAUCAAUACAAGAAGGAAGG